AUGGACCAGGAGAACGCCUUAGAGCUGGUGAAAAAGGGGGCCACCCUACUCCUCCUUGACGUCCCGCCAUUCACCCUCUUCGGCAUCGACACUCAGGUACGAGGAAGAUGAGAGAAAGGAAGAAAAAACGUAAACAAAAGAAGAAGCUGUCGUCUUUUCCUGCUGCUUGAAUUAUGCCUAUCUGUUUGAAUGAUAACGGGCAAUCUUACAGUGUUGUCGAGGGCGGUAUCCAAUUGGUCCUUCGCAAUUCACAUGCUUCGUCUAGGUUCUGUUCAUGUUUUAGUGGCCAAACCAGAGAGCUGCCCUUCCACGAAAAUAUUAUUGUCGUGAGAUUCUAGUCUCCCUUGCAGAACAAAUUACCAUUGGACGUUGUAGUUCCAUUGGAAAAUGUAAUGGAGGGAUCAUUCUCUUCAUAUCUGUGUUUUCCCGUUAUUUCUUUAUCAUCUGAACGAACUGGAUCAGCGGGCACCAACGAGCUUGUAGAUAUGCGGAAUCAUCUUCUAAGACCAUGCCAUAGUGAAGGAGAGCACCUGGGCCCGAGGUGCCCUUGUAAACAAUGAGAAAUAAAGAUGAAAGCCACCGGCGAAGGAAGCAUCCCUUUGCUGACUGUCUGGCUUUUGCUCCCAGAAUCAAAAUUUCUGUGGUGAUGCUUCAUGAUGCACAAAUGUCUGGAGUUUCUGACCAACCUGGAUUCCAUUGGAGUUUUACAUUUGAUCACGAUCUUUAUAUCAUUCCUUUCUUAGUUUUAACAGAUUUCCCCCCCAGUAAGAAUCUUAGAUAUGGCGAUUACUAACAUUUUAUCAUGUAUGAGUCCUACGAAACUAUUCUCUUGCUGUUGACCAAACUGUUUCAUGAACAUUAUGCGUAGUUUUCCCGUGAAAAUUGAUCAAUAUUGUUCAUAAUUCAGAUGCAAUUCGUUAAAUCAACAGGUACCUUAAGUCGUUGACAAGUGUUUGCGUUGUAUUUGAUCUGUAUUUUAUUUUCAUUUUUAUAUCCUUCGUUUUAAUUUCUGGUCUUCUCAUUCUUUGCAGAUUUCCUUUUUCUGUAGCAACAUGGUUUCGCUUUUAUAUUUUAAUAACGAACCUUUAUGUUGUCGUUUUGUUUACAUAGAUGUUCUCGGUAGGACCUUUGUUCAAGGGUAUAAAGAUGAUCCCUCCUGGACCACAUUUUAUAUAUUACAGUCCUGCAAACAGGUUAGCCUAAUUUCUACCCAGUUCAUUCAAAUUUUUUUUUACUCGCCACUCAUGAAGUUUAAUUAUUUUGGAUCCUCUCGGACUCUAUCUGCCAGAUAAACGUUUGGAAAAAUUGUGUAUUUGUUUAAACUGCCUAAAUAUGUUGAUGUUUUAAUUUAUUUUAUUUUAAAGUGUUAAUGCUGAGCAAAUGCAAGCUAUGAAAACUGGGUCUAAAGCAAUGAGCGCCACCUAGAUAUGGAUGGCAAGGUACAUUUCUUGGUGUAGGAUAUUGUAAGGGCAUUGGUUGAAAGACGGGUGUUUUUUUUUUUUGGAUCUUGCCUAAGAUGACCCAAUGUCUGAUGCGAGUACUCAUUCUAACCAGGCAUUUGGAAGAAUAAAAAUGCUCCUGAGUUUGUUCAGCAAUGUGAAGGAUGAGGGAUAACUUGUUGUAGUUGCUAUUAAUCAGAGAGGUAACAUUGUGCUUGGGAAGAUUCCAACAAGAGUACUCUGUUUCAUGGUUCCCAUUAGUCAGAGGCGUAGGUGCCUUCAUCUCUUACAUUUUCGGUCUCUUCCCAUCAAGAAAAAUGGAGUAUAGUAUUUAUUGGAUUUGCACCAUGGAUUAUAUUUUUUUGCCCCUUUCAAGUGUAACAGUCUGGUGAGGAUGCAGAAGUGCAGAUAAAUCUUUGUUAUCUGAAAGUCAGAGGAGCAAUUCAUCCCUGCUUUAUUUCCCCUUUAAAGGGAAGAUAUGGAUCUUCUACAACAAAUGACGCUGGUGACUCAGAGUCAUAUUUAUGGUUUUUCAUUCUAAGACAGGUUCUUCUAAGGCCCACGAUAUUCAUUUUAAAACUGGAGUGUAAUCAUUGGUUUAAAUGUGGUUGCAAGUGAUUAACACAAGAUGAGUCAUUUAAUCUUCACGUGCAUAGGAUAUGUUCUGUAGACUGGUUCUUUUUUGCUGAAAGUAUAUAGGAGAUACUCCUGCCUCUCCUGAGGACAAAUGAUCACUGAUAGCAGAAGGCUUUAAUUAUACUACUUUCUUUAUUCAGUAUCCAAGAUGGUCUUCUAACAAAAAACAUUAAGCCUGUUCAUUAUUUCAUCUGUCUGGUGACUGUAUGGUCAAUGCUUUCACCUGUGACUGUAUAUUUUAAACGGAUAUAUAUUGUUAUUUACUGUAUUCUCUCACAGGGACGGUAAUGAGUUUUCUCCAAUCAUCGGCUUCUUCAUCUUUACAUCUCCGUCAGAGGUAAUUAUUUUUUUCAUUCUUACUUACUAUAUUUUUAUGAAUUUACGAUCAUAUAAUCUUUUAUAACAUUGGUGUGUAUCAUUUAUAUUGGAACGAAUUUACUAGCCAAGUAACACUAGGAUUCAUCAGCGUCUGACUAGGAUUAGACCAAACUUGAUCGGAUCUGAUAUGAUAUGAUGCAAUGCUAGAGACGGUUCGAAUAAGACCACUCUCCUUUUUAAUUCAUGACAAUAGGUUAGGUUAGUUGAGUCCAUCAAAUCAAAUUAGCUUGUUUCUCUAGAAAUGAUUGCAGCAUCGAAUCUCCCUGAAGCAAACAUCAAUUGCUUUUAUUGGAAUCAUUAGGAUAUAAGCCACCGGAUCUAAAAAUGGAUUGCAGGAAUUAGGCUGGUCCUAGAGAAAAUGAAGUAACAUGGACUCAGUUUGGAACUUUAAACCACUGUGGGUAAAGAGUGCAACUCUUGCCUGAUGUGUGGAAAUCUGUGAUGUAUUCUUAUUAGUUGUGGUUACAUUUUGUACACUUCCAUUGAACAUUCUGACCCUUACAACAUAGCCCUGUUUCCUCCCUCGUGUCCUUCCAGUUAUGUCAAUAAACAUUGUGCCAUAGAAAAUGGAAGCUUUGAACUAUAAGGGGCUGACAGAAGACUUCUCAUUUAAGAUCUUUCGCACAAACAUAUAGUAUUUCUACCACAUAUUCCUCUUGCUAUGUUCAUAUAUGUUUUUUCCUUCCCAAUUUAUCUUGGCAAUUAAGAUUGAAAGAAAUCUUCCUCUGUAAUUUGGUGGCCUCUUAUAUUUCCAGGCUUCUUUUUUCUUGUACGCGACCUUUACAGUUACCUAUUGGAAGAUAAUCUGAUUUUAUCCUAGGUGUUGCAUUCAGUUGUACAAUUCAUGAGCCAAAGCUAGCUUGGAUAUCUGAGCCAUAGACCUCGUCCCAAAUACACAUCAUAGAACAUAAAUCUUUAUGAUUGCCGGGUGAGAUCCAACUUGAGGAACAAACAUCAUCUAAUUUGAACCUUUAGCCAUGGAUAUAGAAACGACAUCAACUAAUGUGAGUGCACUGUUGAUGAUUGAUUCCACGUGUUGGAAUGUUUUGGUUCAUUAAUAUGAUGAAGAGAAAUUGAAUAAUCUCUAGGUUUAGUACAUUCAUUUACUUUGCCAUGAAAGAGAAUACUUCAUAUCAUGGUUGUCAUUUGGUAUGCAUAUUGGCAGAAAAUAUUUUUAAUUGUCCUAUCAAAAUUUAUCGAUGCUUGGAUUUAACGUUUUCCAUCUUGCAACUGCCACAGGUCGUUGUCUUUAAAUGGCACCCGCAGGAGGAACACCUGGUCAAACUCUCAGAAGAAGAGGUCUCUUCUUAUUGGUUCCUCGUUUUUCAUGUUUCAUAAAUAUCUUCUGGUAUUAAGCUCCGUAAACCUGGCCUUGAUGCUAGCCCUCGGGUGGGCUGGAGUCACAUGACGCCUCGUACCUAUCUUCUCUUGAUUGUGAGCCCAUUUAGGCUUUAAAAUUUUCUACCUUAGACCUUGAAAUUAGAGUUCCGGAAAAGGGCAUGGAUAAUUUUUGAACCACGGUUUCCUAUGUAAUAUGUCACAUAAAGAGAUUAAACCCUGAAGAUCAUUUUUUUCUUCAUUCUAUGAAUGAUUUUUUAUUUUUUUGUAACUACACAAAGUCCACUGUGUGAAAGCAUCAAGUGCGAGGCCUGUGCUGAACCAGCAUACAGCUUUUGCGAAGUCUGAUUCUGCAUACUGACGUUUGAAAUAACUGUAGGGUCCACAACCCAUUCAAACCGUCAACUACUUGCUGAUUCAUAGCUGCUAAAUUAUAUGGAUAAUGAUUUGAAACUUCGGAAAUCAACUCAACAGUCUCAAAUAGCCGUUUAGAUUCAUUAAAAAUUGUGGAAUUCGUUGUCUUUCAGCUUUUGUAUCUUUCCACUUGAGAAAUUUCAGGACUCUGGGUUGUUCACUACAAUUCAAUGACAUUGGGGGUACAUCAUGUGCCUUUAUCUCCAUAUACACAGAAACUAAACGAUAAAUUUUCCCAACUCGAUUCUGUGAGUUUUCUAAUCGUCAUGAUAUAUUGUUGGCGUUUUGAGUAUGCUUUCUAAUUGCUGAGAGAUUAUGGCCUCUCAAAGGGUUGAGUUGAUUGUGCAUGUAGGGUUCACUAACUAUUCUUCCUGUGAUCGUCUACCUAAUCUAUGGAAGCUCUUCUUCAGCUUGAUAUGCAUUUUUGGUCUUAACCUUUUGAACAAUGACAAUACACUGACUUUAAUGCUGCAUUUUGACAUAAAACGUAAACUAUGAACCAAUUUAGUUAAAAUUUUCUUCCUAUGCUGUUGUUAGAAUUGAAAUUUCUUCCGUUGUUUCACCUUUCUUCGUGAGUAUCUCAUCAGAAUCUACGACUUUUGAUUUUCAUUUCUAUUGUUUCGGUUGAUGGAAAAAUGAUUGGUUGAAGAUAAUUUAUGUUUUCUAUUAGGGAUUGGUUAGCUUCCUCCGUCAAUUUUCUGGGUGCUUUUUUUUCGGGGAGGGGUGGGAUUGAUCUUUGACUCUUGUUUCCUGAGAUGACUCCACACACAAACUGCUGUAUGGGGUUGGGCUUGUGUAAUAUUUCUGAGAAAUUCUUCACGCUGUAUAUCCAUUCGGAAAAAAGGAUCUGUUUCAUGUCAAGAAUAAUAUAUCACGGAUUUUUUUCGCUUUUGUGGGAUGAUGGAUAUGUCAACCGUUGGUGAAAAUUGACAACCAUCAGAGGAAAAUAUACAGAGAAGCCUUCUUAAAAUAACUCAUAUCUAUUCACUCUUUGGGACAAUGUCGAUUUGACGUGCCGCCUAUUCUCAGCCAAUGUUUCUCCCUUACCGUUAGCUGGCCAAAGACGACGAUCUCAGACUCUUGAUGGGAUUCAUAAGGUUGCCAAUGUCGAUUUUUUACUCUUUAAAUUCCCAGAAAGUUAAUAAAUUAUGCCAUCUUUGGAUUUCAGUUUGUUUUAUAAUGUGAAUGGAAGAGACUUUCUACCGUUGUUUUAGUAUAUUGGGAGCUUCUUAUCCAGAAAAACCAUAUAAUUACUAUCUUUGAUAGAGCAGCUAAUAUGUGAAGGCCAUUAUAUUCACCGGAGUUCUCUUGCUUUAUGCAGGAAGGACGAUAUUCUGAAGCAGUGAAGAAUCUGGAGUUUGAUCGCAACCUUGGGCCGUAUGCUCUGAAGCACUUUGGAGAAUGGAAACAAAUCUCAAAUUACAUCACAAAGGAUACAGUGGAUAGGCUUGGUAAUUAUUUCUAAUGUCGAAGAGCUAUCAAGAGGAUUGUUAAUUAUAUUUACUUGAGUUCAAGUCAUUAGUAUGUGAUGAGAAAUUAGCUUUUAGGUCUUUUUUAAGUUGUGUAAUGCGACUGUCAAAUAUAUAGCUUGUAUGAGGUUAGCUUAAGAAUCUGAGGGCUUUUCUGUCUUUAGCUCUGUUUUUAAUGACUUGUUGUUUUUAUCCUUUGUGCCUCUCUCUUAUUGUAGGAGUAUUUUUCUGUUGUAGUCUUUCCAUAGUUUUCCCUAUGUAUGAAAAGAUUGGGAGGAGACGACUGACCUAUCUUAACGCUACAAGUGAUAUCUAAUAAAUGAUUUGUAGGAAUAUUUCGUAUCUAGUGAGUAAAAUUUCCAUAGAGAAACAUUUUUUAUACAUUCAUGACUGUUGCUGUGGUAUUUGUUCAAGUACAUAAUCCUGCUAUAUUUUUUUGGUUGACCAACAUGACUGUAUCAAAAAAAAUAGAUUUGGGACUUCAAGAUGAGAUAAAUAUAUUCCCAUUCAAGAUAUCAUCAUUAAUGCCCUUUAUUUUUAUGUACAACAUUCAAGAACUAAGAACAAAAUGGAAGAAAAUAAUAUAAUUUAAGAGUAAUGCAUUAAUGUUGUAAUUGAACAAGCUGCCAAUAUGAUGGUGACUUAGGCGUCAAAUAAGGUGGCAAAGGUACUAAGAUGACUAGAUAGUGAAAUACCUUGCCCUCUUACAUUGUCUUGUUGCCAGGGCAAUGAUUACGUGUUGCCUGGGGGAUUACUAGAUCCUGCCUUGGAAACAAUGGCCUAAAGCCCUAUUCUUUUUGAUCUUCAGCCUUUAAGAUUUAAGGUCUGGUGUAUGGCCUCGGAAUGACUCAUGUGGAUGAAUGAUUAUGUGCCAUGCACUCAUGCCGUAUGAGAGACAACUCCAAAUUUUAACUAAUUAUAUGGGGAUUUAACCUAUCUACAUCCCUGCUGAUAUGAGGGACGCCUGUAGCCUCACCUACACUCCACCUGAGAAUUUUGUCCAUGCAGACAUACAAUGAAUUUCACCCUCUUAUCAAUGCUUAUUGCUGCAAUGCCGUCCAUAUUCAGUCUUUUUUUGUUUUUUAAGUGAGAAAGUAGUUUCUAAAAGUCGAUUAUUUUUUCAGAACCGUCAGAUUCUGCAUGGUUUUUCCAUAUCUUACGUAUUAAAUCCAAUUUUCUUCUUCUACCUGCUACUUCUAGUAGUGCUGUUUUUUUCUUCAUUUCCAAACCCCCACCUCUACCCUCCGAAUCAUGCUGUGAUUUUGCGUUCUUACAUACGGAUAAUUUCAAUCUUCUAUCUGUUGAUGUUGUCUUAGAUUUCCCUGACUUUCACUUCGGUAUUCAUUGAUGAUGCUCCAUAACCAUUUUUCAUUGAUCUAGAUUAACCUUAUCUGGAUUUCCGUCUCCUUGAUCUCAGUAUAAGGAUUUUCAUUUUUAGUCUGAACUUUUCACUCAUUUUACAAUCUUGAUUUCAUUUCCCUUUCCUAUAGCACAUGCAAACGUUGAUCUUUCAUGUAGAUUGAUGCACCAUUCUAUACUGCAUGGAACCAAAGGAAAUGACCUGUUAUGGAUUCUAUAAAAAAUAUAAAAAAUGCAACUGGUUUUCAGAAGAAAUGUGUACUUAGAGAGAUUUUAAAUAUGUAAAACCAUUUGAUAGUCUAGCCGGAUCGUGCUUUAACAUUGAAUAUUUUAUUGAUGAUUCGGAGAUUAGUGUUUUUUUUCCAUUUCAUUAUAAACUUUGCGCUGGAAAUACCGAUGGACUUCGUUAAAUACGUCUAUGUUUUCCUAUUUUUGGAAAUCAAUUUUUAGAAAUGUUUAUUUCCUUGCAGAGCCUCUUGAUGGGGAGAUUACCAUUGCAUAUGAGACGAAUUUGAUUGAUACAGUGCAUAGAACAUCUGCAGAAAAGAAAUUAGCAGAGCAAUUGAGAAAUAGUAAGUUUUCAAAGCCAUCAAAUGAAUCUCCCAUGCGCGGAUGUUACUAUACGUCUAUUCCAGCUGUUGUCAAAUAUAAGGGUAAAAGUAGAGAAGAGCUUACUGCGUUGAACCUUGACAAGGUAAUGGCUGAUUAAUUCAUACUUGUUACAUUUCUAAGUGGCAUAUUUGUUAUAUUUGAUAAGGAUAUUUAGUUUUAGCAAAUGUUUGUUACAUUGUGGUUUCUAAAUAUCCAUUUUUAUGACUUUUCUUAUUGCAACUCUCUGAAUUCGUAUUUCAUUGCCAUUUCAGACACAGUUACUGGAAACUAUUCUGACGAAAGAAUUUGGAGGUGUAGAAGAUCUACUAUUGGGGGAACUGCAGUUCGCUUUCAUAGCAUUUUUGGUAUCCUCUACUGAUUAACUUAUAUCCGUGGUAAAACUAAUGCUAAAAAGAUUUUGUUUCUCAAAAUAUUCAGAUGGGCCAAUCGCUUCAAGCAUUUUAUCAGUGGAAAUCAUUAGUAAGCCUUAUAUUUAGCUGCACGGAAGCUGUAAGUAUCGGAUGUCAAGUACUUGCUACAUUUUCAUUUGACACUCAUCGUUUUCUGGAUAUGUAUUGAUCAAAUGACUUCUUUGACGUUAUGUUCUUUUUAUUCUGACGUUUGCAGCCCUUCCAAACGAGGACGCAUCUGUUCUCAAAGGUAUGAUUCGGAAAUCUUGCUCAAAAUACUCAUUUUCCUAGAUCUCCCAGGAACUGGUUGCCCAGAAUGGAAAGAUUGUUUCUUCUCAAUUUCUCAAAAUCUGAGCAUGUACUAACUGCUUCUAGAAAAGGGAACAGCGCUGAGCCUCAGCGCUGUGUUUCUUGGCAUAAUAAAUUAAAUCGCAGAAAGAAAGUUUGACAUGAUGAAGAUGAAAGCCAAAAGGUGAGCAUAAAGUGCAAAUAAAGAAUUUUUGUUUAUGAUGUCGGGAAGACAUAGGAAGUUCAAAUGUCAAUGUACUAUUAAGACGUAUUGUUGUUUACCUUUGUCUUUUUUAUUUAUGUUCAGACCACCCAAGGGGUUUUUUGGUGUUCUAUGGGCAACCUUUUGGCAUUUAUUAGUUACAGGUAGCUAUAUGCUUGCAUUUUUAUUAUUUUCUACAUCCUGCGGCUACAUGCUGUAGUUACAGGGAGUUACACAUGCCUUGUUCUUGGUGAUAUUAUUGGGAGAUACUUCUGUCACCACAUUCGUACGACAAAAUCCUCAUUGAUGCUUAAAAAGCUUUGCUUUACUGCCACUAUUUACUAUAAUUGGGAGAUCUUCUCAAGUGAUGUCCUUAAUGGAUUCCCAAUUGCCCAUUCAUGUGAGAGUUUCUUUUCUGUGUUUCAAAGAGGGACCUUUGCUAUCGAUUUUGUUGCUCUUUCUCUCUCACAAUCGUACUACUUUUAGCCGGAUUUAUUUCUAUUUUUAACUCUGUCUCAUCAGUUUACUCUUUUUUUCCCCCAGUUUAUUAGGGUAAUAUACUACCAACUGAAGCAUGGCUUUCAAAAGAAUAACGGAAGCAAGGGUGAUGGAGAUUUAGGUGUUUCUCUGUCGCUUGAUGAUGCAUGGGCCUCAAAAGAUAGCUUCUUGAGUCAUCAUUGCAAGGUAUUAUUUCCAACCCAACUUAGCAUAUCCUAGCAUUGAAACCCAUUCAAGCAGGUGGAAACAUGGGAUCGUUGACUCUGACAUCAUGUUAGGAUCGUUGACUCAUCCGAUUCAAAAUCAGUUGGUAAUUUAUGGAGUAAACCCAUCUUUAUAAUUGCAUGUUGGUAUCUAUAAAGACCAAAAUGGAAAAUAUUCUAAGCACUGCGAGAGUUUGAGGGCGGCGUUUGCGCCACAAGUGGCCGGAUCUCUUUAAUAUUUCUACCUUAAAUUUAUUUUAUUCUCUUUUAUUUUUCUUCUGAUAUGUGGCACAGAUGGAUGAGAAGUUUUCUUCGCUCUAUAGAUAUUUGACCAAAGAGCGAAUGAGAGGACUCAUCACUAGCUACGGGUACUUCAUACCCGGAUCAUUUGGUGGCGUCAAGGGUAGAUUAAUAUCGUAUUCUUGUUAUAAAGUUGACCAGAUCAAAGUCUUAGCUAUUGUUAUCCGGGUCCCGGAUAAUUCCUUCAUCUGUUUCUUCCAUCUCUGACUUGGGUCAAAUGUCAUCAUGCAACAGAGAAUAACGGAUGAUUUGUGAAGAACAUUCUUCUAUGAUUUAGACGUGCUCUCUGAAAUUCGGCUUCCUGCAGGACUUCUUCUCCUUGGUUGAGCAGGCCCCCGUCGUCAACGGAGACCUCCUUUCGUGGGUUCGCCGCCGGAUCCCUCCUCCCCCCUCUCUCGCGGCGAUCCGGCCCGUCGGAUGGAUCGAACUAGAUUGAUAUUUUGUCGUUCAAUCUCAAUCAAGAAUUAGUACUCCGACCUUGACCGCGUCUCAUACUUGGGUUUUUUUCACAUCGUGUAGACGAGGAAGCUGAGGGAGCUUCUUGAGAGGGAGCUCGGGUGGGAUCUCCAGGGCGACCCAGAAGGCGACGUCGGAGACGAGGUUUGCUUCCCACUGCCCUCUGCGUAAUCGAUCUUCCGGCGAUGUCUGCUGGCAGACAUAUAUAAUAUGUUCUAUUCUUUGCAUUAAGCAGAUGUCGUCUGAAAGCCAGUCGCCCCGUCCCCUAUUUGUUUGUGGUUGGUUGCAGUAUUCCCCCGUCGUCGUACUCCCGGAUGAGCUCGGCCCCGGUGAACCAUCAUUAAUUUGA